AUUCACUCAAUUCCAAAACUUUACACAUAUAAAUACAACAACAUAUCAGCACCAUUAUAUCAAUCCAAUAAUAUAACCUCCACAGCCAAAAAACACUGAAAUCAAGUUAAACCUCAUUCUCAUCAACAAGUUCUUUUUUUUUUUCCCUUCCAUAUUAAUCCAUAUAUAUUAUGUCUGGAGCUGAAGCUGCAAAAUAUGCUUCUGCUACAAACAACAUAACCAAAUCAAACAAACCAAACAUGAGAAGAUUCAUUGGUGUGAGACAAAGGCCAUCAGGAAGAUGGGUAGCUGAGAUCAAAGACUCAUCUCAACAUGUAAGAUUAUGGCUUGGAACCUAUGACACACCAGAAGAAGCAGCUCGAGCUUACGACGAAGCCGCUCGAGCUUUACGCGGAGAAAACGCUCGAACCAACUUCGCCGCAUCAGUAUCGAUUAACCAAAACACAGGAAAAUCAGAUCAAGGACUAAUAUCAUCACCAAAUGAAUUGAGAAACAGUUUAAGCUUUGCUUCCUUGAAAGCCAAGUUAAGUAAGAAUCUUCAAAGUAUUAUGGCAAGAGGUAGUGAUCAUAACAACAUUAACAAGUCUUCAAAGAGUAGAGUGAGUGACCAUUUUACCUUUGCUAGCAUAUUCAACCGUAGGAGUACUAAUUAUCAUCAAAUCUCUGCAUUGGAUAUGAAGAACAUUGAAAAAGUUGUGCAGCCUAGCAUAAUUGUUCCACCUAAUGAUGGUGAUCAUCAUCCUAAUCAUAAUCAUAAUUACCCUUCUAGUGUUUCUGAUUGUAGUUCUGAAUGGUUUGGAUUUCAGAAUCAUGGAUUAGAUUCUGAUGGUUCUGAUAUAGUGGAGAAUAUUAAUAAUAUUAAUAAUAAUGCUGUUAGUGUUGGUGAUCAAGGUUUUUUGGAUCAACUCAUGGGGUGGAUUGAUGAUAGUUCUGAUAUUUGUGCAAGUGAUAUUCAAGGUUCAAGUAGUAAGAGGUUUAAGGUUUCUUCUUCUGUUCUUGUUCCUCCAACUUUCUCUGGAUCUUCUCCCUAUGAUUGUGGUUCACCUUUUAGUGGUUAUGCAUCUCCAUAUAAUAGUUGUGGAUCCCCUUGUAAUGGUCAUGCUUCUCCUUAUUAUGGUAGGAAGUGAAAAUUGGUGUUUGGAUUCAUGGUAAGUUUGACAGAAUCACAGUGAAAUACUGUAAUUUUAAAAGAAAAAAAACCAGUUUAAAAAAACAAAGUAUAUGUUUUGAUCGGCGGUGAUUUUGGCAGAAUCACGGUGGACUACUGCGAUUUUGACAAAAAUUAAACUUUCGAAUUUCAAAAAAUCAUAGUUCACAUUUGGAUCAACGGUGAUUUUUUUGAAACUCCAGAGUGUAGCUCUUGCUAAAAUCACUGCAUCUUACCAUGAUUCUACCAAUUUAAUCGCGACUCCAAAUAUCGAUAUAGUGUCAUUGUAAUUUCGUCAAACUCACAGUUGAUUCCAACAUGUAUUUAGUGAUAGUCAUGGAGGUGCUUGACUUAUGUUUAUUGAUGCCUGCAAAAAAAAUUGUUAUGAGCAUCUUUUUAAACAAGUUAGUUAAGAUCAUAAACUCCAUGUUAUGUAUGUUGAAGAAAGAGUUGAAGACUAAGUUCUUACAGCAUGUAAAUAUGGAACAGAACUUUGGCUUAUGUUUAAUUAUGCCAAAAAGGAUUUGAAAUUAAUGAUAUAUGUAAGUUUAAUUUGGCUGCAAAA